GAUUUAGGCGUAAACUCAUGUUUUGAACUGUCGGAUUAAAAUCAACCCUUUGACCUAAUCCCUCUUCAUUGACAGACUGGACGCAUAAGGGCAGGUGGGAGAUCCGUUUAGCGGAUAGUCUGUUAAGCUGUACAACAGGUGUAAGUGGUAAUGCAUGUCUGUCUUUGGUAUGGACUUACUCUCAGGGUAGACUUAUGUGGUCAUUUCUGGUGUAAACGGACACUUUUGAUGGCUUAGUGGCUGUCUGGGUGAUUUAUGUUUGGGUGACCUUUUGACUGUUUAGCCCAUGUAGACAGAAACAUACACUGAAUAAUUCCAAACAGGGCACUUUUCUUUGGUUUGGGGAUUUACGGUUGAGCUCGCCUAAAUUUCGCUACUUUUUUAAAUUUUCCUGUUUACAGAUCUGAACAAAUAGAAGAAAUCCUCAGUUUGACUUGUUAUAUCAACCGAGAAGCUGUUCUCGAAAUGUUGAAAAUCAACAUUUCAGAGUAGGCUCGAGUUGUUUUAUUAUAAAGAGGAAGGGGACCUUGUGCAUUUUGAAAAUAUGCAUAUGAAAACAGAUAGCGAUCAAUGUUUGUGUCUCUGAAGAAAAAAAAAACCACAUGUACUUUGUCUACAGCACAAACUCUUCAAGGUAGCAGACAUAACUUUUAAGUCUGGGAUAAGUUGAAGGCUUGAUGUUUAGUCUGUUCUCAGUUAGCUAUCACAGAUAUACUUUACCUUGUACCAUAAACUGGAUAAAUCACUCUUACAAUGGAUCUGGAGGCCUCACAUUCAUUCUCAUCUUCCAUGGCCUCAUCCAGCCAAACUUCAGACAUGUGCCAGUGUUUUGCUGUGCUGGAGGAUGGAGUGUUGGCACACAACCUGCAGGAACAGGAAAUUGAAAAAUACUACACCACCAACAUCCAGAAGAACAAACUAGUCCAGAACGACAUCCGUGUGGCUAAAAGGCUGCAGGAUGAGGAGGAAGAGCAGCGGAUGCAUCAAAGUGCAACUCUCCGACAGGCCUCCAGACAACUUGAGGCACAAGACUUCGAGUAUGCUCGUUUAAUUCAGGAUGAGAUCCAGCGCUGUGCUCAGGAGACUCACAGGAGAGAGCUCUACGAUGAGGAAAUAGCUAAACGUCUGCAGGAGGAGGAGAAGCAGAGAGUCAGGAGUAGCAGCAGAGGGCAGGAGUGCCAUAGUGAAGGCAGCUCCUCCGAUCCUGCUCUGCCUUCCCCUCACCAGCACACACUCGGCUUCUCUCACCAAGGAGACGAGCAGUACUCAUCUACCACCAGCAGGUGGCAAUGUUCUACCUCUCACGACAAUGUAGACUUUACUGAGCCUCUGGCUGACUCCCCCAGGGGGUUAGCAGCUCAGAAAAACACAACUCCAUGGUCAAAUCAAGGACACACAGAUUCCUUUAGGGAAAUAAGGAAUACAUUGAGAGAGCCUUUGAGUGAGGAGUCAGAGGACUCAGACUCAGUUUUCUCUGAGCAGCUCUCUCUCUUGUCCCAGAGUCUGAGGGAAAGACUCAACACAGCACCUCCACGACAGCGGGCAUCUUUAUAUCAGCCACAAGAGAGAAACUACAGAAGCUUCACAGAUGAGCUCAGAGGCUUGGAGGAGGAGAAAGGAGAGUCCAAUGAUGACUAUAGUAAAAAUAGUGACCUAGAGAGGAGGGGGUCUAGGAUUUGGGACGAGGAAAGAAACCAUAGAGCGGAGUAUAAGAGUCGCCAUAGCGGAGAUCAGGAUAGAGAUACGGGGUUAGUUGAGGUAAGAGAAAGGCGAUGUAGCCGCAGUGAAUCCGUCAGGCUACAUGACAGGAGCAGACACAGCAACAGAGACUUGGCAAGAACAUGGAGCGUUAGGGAGAACCCUGACAAACAUGUCCGCUUUCGGGAUGACAGCAGGAGCUCGAACAGGCUGCAGAGUGAGAGCAGCAGCGUCUGGGAGAUGCUGGGCCAGGUCCUCUUGGAGAGGGGUGUGCCUGUGAAGUUUGGCGGCAACGGGGCGCCACUUCAAAUAAUACCUCAAAGACGAAACAGUCAGGUUCUUCACGGGAGCGAGGCCUCCUACAGUGACACCCAACCACAUCAGAGAGCCUUCCAGAGAGCUGCCACCACCAGGCACAGUUUCCAUGGAGAUAUCAGGGAGAGGAGGAGAUCGUCAUACCGAGAGAACAGUGGGAGAGAUCAGAGAGAAGAGAGAGACAGGCACCAUUAUAAAGUGGACCAUGACGGGGAGGCUUCUGAGAUUAGUAGUAGAGGUUCCUAUUUUGAUAACAGAGAAAGGCGAGGCAGUAGAAGGAUUAAAGAGCACAGAUAUGAUGAUGAGAGGGAGAGGACUGCAUAUGGCUGUGAGGUCAAAAGGGCAACAAGCCAACGCAGGCAUUGGCACAGUACCAUAGAAGAAAGGUUAAGCUCUGAGGAGGAGCAGGAGAUGGAGAGGAGAGUAGAGUGGCACCACCGCAGAGCCCCAAGGCGUAGCCAGAGUCUCAGGAGCAGCAGCGUGGCCUCUACCAGGGAGAGGUCAAGAAACAUGGCAGCAGGAGCGUCACAGCAACCCGAUCCAGACGAGGCAAGCCUGGACCUGGGGGAGCUGCAGCAGGUCCUGAGGGAUGAAGAAUUGGCAAGAAAACUGCAGGAGGAGGAAAAAAAGCUGUCGAGGAGGUUCUCCCAUCCUUCUCCACGAAGUUCUCAGCCAGCGGGAGACUUCAGAGUGGCACAAGUAGCUCAGGAUGAGGAAAUUGCACGUUUUAUGCAGAAGCAGGAAAUCAAGUCGAAGCGUAGAUCUCGUGAGCUAGAAGGACCUGAAUCAUGGCGCGAGCACAGAGCCAUGAUGAGUCAUCACAACAGAAGAGCUGCGAAAGACAGACAGGUCCAACGAGAGAGGCUUGACUCAGAGGGACUUCCCUCCCCCACAGAGGACUGUUCCCCAGAGACCCUGCCACCCAGCCCCAUCUCCACUCUACCACCGACCCAGCAGGUCAGAAACAUCGCAGAGGAGCUGGACCCGACCUUCCAGGCCAGGAGGCACGACACAGGUUCUGUAAACAGGACGAGUCUCGCUCAGAGUGAAACUCGGCAAACAAUGGCUGGACACGCAGACCCUUUUCCUUUCGAUGCAGGUCCAACCUGUCAGCCACUUCCUGUGUCGCAGCCCGGCCUGCGUGACUUCCUCGAGGAGCCACAUUUCAUCCCUCCAACAAAACGGCAAACGGACAAAUCAGGACGCACUAAACCCAAAGAGAAGAGGGAAAACUGCAAGCAGCAAUAAUAGUUGUGCUUUUGGAAUUCAUAUAUGUAUUACGUUUAUAACACUACAUAUCUUUUCAGCUACAUGGUUCUCAUAUCUGUAAGUCUAAAAAAAGAAUCAAGUUUUCUCUCACUAUCCAUCCCUUCCAGCACUUUAGACCAGAAAGAUGUUUAUUAAGUGAAUAAUGACAAUUUGGAUGCAUGCCUUUUAUAUUUUUCAAAGGGACAUUUAUAGUUUGUCUAAACAUUGUUUGCAUUCUGUAGUGUUUAAUUUAAACAGUAUACUUUUUUUUAUAGAUAAAUAUUUGUUACUUUUUUUGUUGUUACUAUCUUGUUAAGCAGUUUGUUGUGAACAUCUAAAACAUCAAAUAACAUGAAGAAGAGGUCACUACGAUAACCUCUGACCAUGGAUGACAGCAGUUUUCAAGAAGCUACAUUUAGACAUCCACUUCUUCGGUUUCUGCCAACUCUGUGUAUCAGCAGUUUGACGGGACAAAGCUUGAUGACAAUCUAAUGAAAGUCUCACUUGAUGAAAAAUCUAAGUAAGAGAAGUCUACAAUCUAAAGUUCAAAGGUCACCUCACUUUACGAGUGAUUCAACUGCAUUUCACUGUGGUUCACAUCAGACGCUUAGAACCGUCCUUUGGGUGAGACGGUGUUGAUGUCUUCCUCAUAUACAACUGCGUGGUAACCCCCCACCCGACCCCAUGGAAUUUCCACACUUAGCAUGAUUACGUAUGAGUGAAUGAGGACUGAGAUGCGGUUGAAAGCUGCAGAAAGAUUGUUCGUGAUCCUUUUAUAUUACAUUACUUGGUUGAUAUGCAACUCCAUUUCUUGUAUGUUUUAUCCACACUGGUUUCUGUAAGUCAGAGACAUUUAUGAGUUAUAUAAUACAAUGCUCCAACAACUGAUUUGAUGUUCAAACAGAAAACAACUCGUGUGUUUUGCUUUUGUUGUUGUUGAUGUUCGUAUUACUCCCACAUUUAAAACACUCUUUUUCUUUUUCUUUUUUUUAUUGUCAGAAAGUGCAACAGAUAAUAAUAAAAAAAAUCCUCCAUUUUUA